AUGCGGAGAAGACCCCACAUGGCCAACUCUCCGACGUUCCCGCGUCGGCCAUCCAGCCUCCGAGAAAGCUACUGUGCCGAGUGGAGAUUUACCGAGCCCUGGAUGUUGUGGAAGGUGCGAGACAGGAAGGAGUCAGGAAGUCAGUACUCGAAAUUUGGGAACGCAUGUCCGAAGCGGCACUACGAUGCCACUCGUAGCACGCUCGACAUCCAUCGAUCCUGCCCAACAUGCGGUACUACACCUGGCCCUUUGCUUUCGAUUCCAGAGCAGCGCGAUAGAGGACGUGUGACUUCGCGUUUUUCGCGUGGGCUGCACCUGAGCAGGAACGGGCUCCCCACUCGCCUAGACUUCGGAAGCUAA